GAGGUAGCAAAGCAACAAGGCUGAGCGCGAUUUAACAAAAUCUCAUCAGCGAAGUAACAGAGUUUUUCACGAAUUGAUAACGUUGAUGCAAAUAGCAAACUUAUUCUCGAACAAUCAAGAAGAUCAAUCGGCGAUUUGCGUGGUGUGUAGCAAAAGUGAAAAAUGAACAGCGUCGCAGUUUUGCGAAUGUUCUUGUGUGUUUCAGUCGCAGCUAUAUUUGUAGAGGCUUCCACAAAUAUUAAUUCGAAAUCGUUUAUUCACAAACUUGCCAAGCGGACCACCAGCUCGAUCGGAAGAAAUAUCCGACCUCGGCGAUCGUUUCAACCAGAAACCGUCAGGAAAUCGGCGAUACCAAACAGAGCCACAGCAUGCAACACUUGUUUGUUGACAGGACGAAACCACAGAUAUCGCUUUCCAGAAAGAAGGGGUUGCUUUAGAUCAGUUUACGCCCUUGUGCCGAAAUGCGAGGGGUACUGCGAGUCAUACCAAGUCCCUUCCUACCACAAUUUGAUCCAAAGUAAACACUCAGCUUGUACUGCGCAGACGACGCGAACAUUGAGAGUUUUCAAUCCCUAUUGCUUCGGCGGAGCAAACCGUUUGUUUUAUAUAACCAUCCCCACAUCUUGUAGCUGUACAACCGGAACUGAAUUUCAACCUGGUUACAUUCCCGGUUCGGCCUGGAGAACAGUCGACGUCGAUGAAUGCAGCGUUAACAACGGUGGUUGCAGCCACGGUUGUACCAACACUAUCGGAUCUUUCUAUUGUUCUUGUCCUGAAGGACAGACUCUAGUUGCCGAUGGCGUUACAUGCGAUAUCAAUGAAUGUGUCGAUGAGAACGGAGGUUGCAGCCACCAGUGUGUUGAUCUUUCACCAGGAUAUGAAUGUGCUUGCCCGGCGGGUAUGCUGCUCGGACCAAACAUGCAGACUUGCGAGGUCGACAGUUGCGCAGCUUUGGUUGCCCCAUUCGUAUGCGACCAAAACUGCCACAACAUUGUCGGUGGUUCAUACACUUGUUCAUGCGAUGAUGGAUACAUUUUAGAAGCUGAUGGUCACAAUUGCACAGACGUUGACGAAUGCGCCAACAGCGAGAACGGCGGUGGAUGCGCAAACCCCGCUGUUUGCGUCAACCUUCCAGGAACCUUCGAAUGCGUUUGCCCAGAUGAGCCAGAUGAUUUCGUUCUUAUUGAUGGAUCCAUUUGCGAACGUGAUGAAUGCUCCGACCCUGAUAUGGGCGGUUGCUCGCAUAACUGCACCAACACCAUCGGAAGCUAUAUGUGUUUCUGCCCAUCAGGAAUGACACUCAUUGAAGAUCAACUUACAUGCAACGUCGAUGAAUGCCAAGAUGCCAACGGUGGAUGCCAACAAACAUGCGUCAACACACUUGAUGGUUACAGAUGCGAAUGCGGACAAGGUUUGGAACUUAACGCUGAUCUUCACACUUGUGAUGACAUCAAUGAAUGUAUGAUCAACAACGGUGAAUGCUCACACAACUGCACAAACUUGGUGUCCGGAUACGAAUGUUCUUGCCCAGAGAACAUGAUCUUGAACGGCGAUGGCUUCACUUGCCGGCAAGGACAAGACUAACUUGUAUCGUGUUACGUUUCAUUAACUUUGCAAACUUCCAAAUAAAAUUCACUGCCGUAUGAUGUCGCCAUUUCACUAUAUUCCACCCCACAUUUUUCUUUCUUUACAAACAAAAUCGGUUUUUAAUAUACGUCAUAAAUGAAUUGUACCUCGUUUGGAAUAAAUAAUAGACGGUCAUUCUA